ACAUUUAGAUUUUUCUUCAGCUAUGACAGUUACACAGUUUGUCUUAGUAUGUGGUUUUUCUAUUCAAUUUAGAUACUGCAUCAGUAAUUCUCUAGCAAACAUGUAUGAAAUCCAGUUAACUGCAUCUCAUUUACCACUAACUGAGAAGAACUGUAAGAAUACAACAAACCCUAAGAUGAUAGUGCUGGAUGCUGGACGUUUCCAGAAAGGGAAAGUUGAGAACACUGGAAAUGAUAGUUAUUUCAGAUCUCUUAAUAAGGAUCAUGGUGCCACACCCUGUAGUGGUGUAAUUCCCUCAGGAGUGAAAAUGAGGCAUGAACCCAUCCCUAGAAGUGGAAGAGGAAUUGCACAGUUUCUAGAAAGCACUUUCAAGUAGUCCAACAGUUAGAAGCAUUCAGUGCUUCUAUAUAUGUAAUUAUAAUUAUCAUUGGGAAUAUAAACAUAUUACAUUUAUCUGCUAUAUGUGUUAUAUUUUUAUGAAAAAAAUCAUUUAGGAAAAUUUUGUUCUUAAAGUAACAUGUUUUAGUUGCUAUAAGGCAGGCUAUGAUGAAUAUUUCUCUGAUUAGGAAUGUUUAAUGAAAAUUAGAGGAGACUGAAUAAAAUGAAAUUAGUAAGACUAAUUUCUCAAGCUAUGCUUUGAUUGUUACAAAUCAUUUUUUAGAGUACAAAGAUUAGCCACCUUUUUUGCUUUCCCACUGAAGUUAAUUUUGCUCUUUAUAUAAGAAAUCUUUAGUAAUAGGAUAAUUUUUCAUAAAACUACUACCACUAAUGGUUGUUGUUUAGAUUUUGUGCAGUUGAUUGAGUGUAUUAUAAAACUCUUAUAGUACCCAGGAAUUAGAAAUUGUAAAACAGUAGAGGUUAUUCUGCUAUUCUACAAAUGCCAUAACAAGGUAAUAAAAGCUAUUUAUUCCUUAGGAUUUCUUUCAGGAUACCUAUAAAUCAAAACCAUGUUAUAUCAGUCUUUCUUAAACCAAUAUUAAACUACUGUUCUUAUUUUACUAA